AUGCAUGAUUCCUGCAAAUAUAUCGCAACUAACAAAUCCCAACUUCAAAUUAGAAAACUGAGAUCCGAUGUUAAGGGCUACACUUACAAACGUAAUUUUUUCAUUUCAGAUUACAAAUCUGUAUCAUUCUGGUACCAGGACAACGAGAUCCAAAAGUGUCUUAGCCGAGUUUACGGCGAAUUCACCCACGUUUGUUCGGUCACUAAUUAUUUGCCAGAUAUCGACUACUGCUGUUGCACUGUCGACGAAACUUUUGAGCGCAACAAAAACAAUGACAACGUUUCCAUUUUAAAAAAGAAACGGUUGAAAAAAUGGGCGACAAACUAUGGAGAGAAUAAAACCGACACAGCUAUUCGGUUGAAACGAUCCACGGAGCAAACCUCGGUCCUGUGCUGUCGGUACCAUCAGGAUUGGAAUAAGUUUCGAUGCCAGCGAUCCGACGAUUACUUUGAUCCUAAUUCGUGA